AUGUGGAUUCCAUGCAUAGAUCGGUAUCAGGAAGCCUGCACGUGGGAUAUCAGCAUCAUCAUCCCUGCUACGCUACGGCACACAUUCCCACAUUAUUAUGAGGAGGGUGUGCCAGAUGAGGACGAUGAGGAGACGGGUGAAAUCAUCGGCGAUAGGUCGAUGAUUGUCGUCUGCUCCGGAGAACCGGAAGAGGAGGUGAUGCAUCCCAAGCAACCCACCAAAAAGAUCUGUCGCUUCUCUUUGAGACGACCAAUUGGGGCCUCAAGCAUCAUGUUUGCCGUGGGACCGUUCGAGGUUAUACCAAUACCAGGGUGGUUCAAGAAGUCUCGGGCUUUACAUUAUUUUGAACAAUAUCUCGGCGUACCGUUUCCUUACUUGUCCUACAAGCAAAUAUUUUUGGAAGACACAUACAAUCCAGUAGCCACUGGCGCCACUAUAUCAUUAUUCAGUUCGCAUCUUUUGCUUCAUGAACAUAUUAUAGACCAAACGUACGAGAGCAUGCGCCUGCUUUGCCGGGCCUUGGUUUCUCAGUGGUUUGGUCACUUUUUGGUGCCUAAAUCAUGGGCUGACACGUGGCUUUUGGUCGGAUUGACAAACUACGUUGUCGCGUUGUUCUUACAACGAUUUUUUGGAAAGAACGAAUACAAGUUCCGUUUAAGAAAGGACAUGCAACGCGUGUGCGAGCUGGAUGUAAACCAACCCCCGCUGUCCCCCAUCCCGAUACCCAUGGACGACACACAGAGUCUCAAGUCCUACGUUGUCCUACAUAUGCUGGAUCGGAAACUCGGCAAAGGCGUUCUACGGAAAGUCAUCACGACAACGCUUACAGCAGCUUCGAAUGGCGAGCUCCCCAAUGGGUUGAGCACCCACAAUUUUUUUCGUUUGGCGCGGAAGCUCACUGGAAAAGGGGAACUGAAGUCUUUCGCUGAUCAGUGGGUAUAUGGCAGCGGAUGUCCCCGAUUCAGCUUCAAAUACAACUUCAAUCGCAAGAAGAUGGCGGUUGAGUUCAGAUUCCAUCAGGAGAACGUGAAUGGAGGGAUUAUCGGCAGUACCGCGCGGUUCUCAGGCCCUUUUAUGAUUCGAAUCCACGAGCCUGGUGGGACCUACGACACUGAGGUCCACUUGGAAGAGCAGGAUAAACAAUAUGAUAUCCAGUAUCACACGAAGUACAAACGAAUCAGGCGAAAGGCCGUCACUGGACCUAGGGGAAAGAAAGGGACAGGCGAAGAGCAGGAGGCUGUACAAAACGAACCUGUUGAAGCAGAUGACAUGAGAGGCGAGAAUGCCGAUUCGAAGGGUGACUGGCAUGAUGAGGAGCCUGACAGAUUGGAUUUCGAGUGGAUACGCCUGGAUCCUGACAACGACUGGCUUUGCGUCAAGGACUUUGAGCAGACCGAAUUCAUGUGGGCGUCUCAGUUGAAGAAGGACAAAGACGUGUAUGCGCAGUUGGAUGCAAUAGCUGGGCUCAGCAGACUACCGUCUACGGGAACGUGCACGGUGCUGAGCGAGUUCAUCAACAGAAAGAUGUCGUAUUACGGAUUGAGAAUGCAGGCUGCAGCGGUUCUGGCCAGAUGCCUGUCCGAUCUUGCCGUCAAAGGCAGUGAAGGAGCCCUGGUGCAGCAAUACAUUGACGAUUACUGCUUCGUACCGAAAGAGGGUUCCUGCGAAAUCUACGCCCGGUCCCAUGAUUUCACCGAGUUGGAAGAGUAUUAUGUGCAAAAGUCGAUUGUCAGUGCGCUCGGAACAAUACGCCUUGACGACGAUUAUGCACCGAAAUCUUGUCAGCGCUUGCUGCUCAACCUACUGAAGUUCAAUGACAAUACGAACAACCAGUAUUCCGAUAACUAUUUCAUGGCCAACCUGAUUUUGGCCCUUGGUGAUGCCUUUCUACCGCAAAGCAGCCUGAAACCGAGGAGACCGCCAAUCGUUGCGCCACGCAUUUCAGCGACGUCCGGAGAUGCUUUGGAAGAAAUCGAUCGUCGGUGCCUAUUGGAUCGUUUCAUCCCGUCGUAUCAUAACACAGUCACGAUUGCAACACUGAGAGUCAAACUCAAAUGGAUGCUGGCUGGACUCAUACCUGUGGAUGUGGGCCUUUUCCUGCAACACGCACGGCAAGGCCAUUUCUUGGGGGUGCGAUUGAUGGGAAUAGAUGGGUUGUUUCUCCUGAAAGGCCUGGCGUAUAGUCAGGUCGCGCGCUUCUUACUGGCCGUUGUGGCCGAUGAUCCCGUACCGUAUGUGCGUUAUCAUGCGGCAAAAGCUUUAGCAGAAUACGUUGAAGUCCUGGUCGCGGAAGGCAAAGCGGUGACUCCGGAGAAUGGGGCUGGAGAUCCCUUAUCGAAUGGCGCAGGGGCGAACAUCAACGAGUUCGAUAUCCUUCGUUGGCAAAUCGCCGCUCAGCCUGAUACGGCUCGCAUCGUGUGGGAAUUGAUGAAUUCUGCCAAAACCUUGGAACAUCGAAUCAGAGUGAACCUACUCCGCUUCUGUGAAUAUCUUUACGACCCUGCGCCUGAGGACAAAACGCACGGCGUCAAUGGAGGAGCUCAUACGAAGCUGAAGAUUAAAAUGGCGAUCAAGAGACCUCAUGAUGAAAGUGGCAGUGAGGACGAGAUGGCACUGUUGCCACCCAAAAAAGUGACACUCAAAGAUGGCAACAAGCGCAGGAAGCUCGACGACCACAAAAUCAAAUUGAAGCCGCAACCUCCCCCGGAGCCACUCCUUCCUCCAGAUGCGGGGUUCCUGGCGAUUUGCGAAAAGUGUUUGGAUCGCUUGAUAUCUGAGAUGGCGGUGGCGGAGCAGGCCCAGCGUGUAGCCUCGCAAGCUGUGCAAGAAGAAAAAGCUGCACCGCUCUCUGCCUUGCCCAGUCCGCCUCCUGCGGGGGAGUUGUAUCCAGCGCAAGAACCUGUCCGCGAGCUCGUGGUGCCCUCAGUACCUGCGUUGUCGAUAGCGCCGGCGGAACAGCUCCAAGGGACAAAGGGUGGAAUGACUGCACAAGAGUUCGAUAUGUGUCUCAAGCUGUGGAAAGUUGUUCACGGCAACCCUGUUGCGUACUGGUUUUACGCUCCUGUAGAUCCCGUCGCCCUUAACAUCCCUAACUAUCCCCAAGUGAUCAAAAACCCGAUGGAUCUUUCAACCAUCAAGUCGAAACUUGACCAGCGGAUCUACAACGCACCCUCGGAAUUCAAGGCAGAUGUCCGUUUGAUGUUGAAUAACUCCCUGCAAUUCAAUCCUCCCGGUACACUCGUCCAUAACGAUUCCAAGAUUCUUUUGCAUGAUUUUUCGAAGGCAUGGAAUGAGCGCGCCAAGUAUCUGCGCGACCACUCGACUUCGAAUGCAGCCAACAAGGUUUCGAAGAUCCCGACGGGUGACGACAAGGUGGGUACGCCACCUCCAUCCGCAGGACUCUCCUCCGCCGACUACGCGCAAUGCUCUCAAGUAUUGAGGAAACUAUCGAAUGCCGGUCCGAUCGCCGAGCCGUUCUUGGAACCGGUUUCCAAAGUCCUAUACCCGUACUACCAUGAAGUCAUCAAGUCACCAAUGGAUCUUCACACGAUUCGUAAACGAUUGGAGGGCAAGCGGUAUAAAACGUUGCGGGACUUUGAGGCCGAUGUCCGUUUGAUGCUCAGCAACUGCUUCACUUUCAACCGACCUGGUGAUCCGGUGUAUACUCAGGGCAAAACCCUCGAAACAAUCUUUGAACAGAGCUGGACGAAGCCGAAAGGGACAGCAAUUUCAAAGAAGUCGUCAAACGCUGGCUCCCUUCCCGCUAGCCCAGCGCCCCACACACCUCCGGCGGUUCCAUCCCCAAUCGGCCCCCCACCUCCCGUAACUGUUCCGGAAGAAAAGGCGGAGCUACAACCCGGGGACCGCAAGGCUUUGCAACGCCUGCUUCAAAAACUGCAAGCACAUCCUGCCGCAGCAGUUUUCUUGCAGCCCGUAGAUCCAGUUGCGCUGAACAUCCCCCAUUACACCCAAGUGAUCAAGAAUCCGAUGGAUUUGGGCACAAUUCAGAAGAAGCUGGACUCAGGGUCGUAUGUGACGCCGGCUCAGCUUGCGGCUGAUGUGGAGUUGAUGCUCAGCAAUUGCUUCACGUUCAACCUACCUGAGGACUGGGUUUAUGGCCAGGGCAAGAUCUUGGAAGCAGAAUUCAAAAAAGCUUGGAAAAAGCUAUUAGUUCAACAAGGGACCUCGCAAACAGCCGCGAAGGCUGCGGCUAAAAUUCGCAAAGCUCUCGAUGCGGUUAGCGCUUUCGAAAGUGCGGGCAUCUUCACCGUCCCAGUCGAUCCGCUCGUGCUACCGGACUACCAUCUCAAAGUCAAGAACCCAAUCGAUCUGCAGACGAUGCGCGGGAAACUGGAUGCCAAUGAAUACCUGUUGCUGAAUGAAUUCGAGGCUGACAUGAAACUGCUCUUUGACAACUGCUAUACCUAUAACGAGAAGUCGAGUUACGGGCAUAACUGCGGGGUGGCAACGGAGAAAUACUUCAAACGAUUGUGGAAGAGUAUAAAGGGCGCAUCUGAUUCCACAGAGGUACGAAUUCGUUUGUUACAUGGACACUAUCGCUUUUGGUUGUUAAAUCUUUCGGUUGGGGAUGCAGAAGGACAAGAAGCGUAUGGAUAA